AUGGUAAUCUCGUUUAUGCAGCAGGUGGUGUCUUCUGACCAGGACAGUAGAAGCCAUGAACCAGGCCCCUCCCACAGGACCAGCGGCCCAAACUGUGCGCUUCCUGCUAUCGGCAAGGUGGCUAAAGCCUGGCUGCAUGGGGGGAGCCAGCUUCUCCACGCCGUCGACGGCGUAUGUGCUUACCACUCCAAGAAAAUUGAGCAGGAUGCCGUGGGCCAGCUGACAGCCGGCGAUAGCUUGCGACGUCGUUUCCGCCAUCAGAGAAGUGCCACUCAAGAGGGCAGAAAAUGUCUGUCACACAGGGCUCUUAAAGCGGGAUGUGGUCUCCAUGGAGACACUGGGCACGGUUCAAAGACCCCCUCCUCCUUGCAUUGCGAGAAGACGCCUCAGGAAUCGUUCAGCUCCCAAGUGCCCUUAAAAUUACAGAUUAAAGUGUCAGGCCAGAGAGAUAGCCUGGGUAUCAGCAUAGCUGGAGGGAAAGGAUCUUUACCUUACAAAGACCACGAUGAGGGUGUUUUUAUUUCCAGAGUGACCAAAGGGGGACCUUCGGAAAAAGCAGGGGUCCAUGUUGGAGACAGACUCCUGGAGGUCAACUGUUUCAGCAUGCAGGGAGUGACCCACCUGGAAGCCGUCAGGGCCUUGAGGAACGCAGGGAGCUGCAUUAGGUUGAAAGUUCUGCGAGAAGCAUCGCACCCAAGGCAGGUCGGCCAAUCGGAUGAUGAUACUCGGGAUGCUGAGGACGUGUCGAGCCGACGGACGUGUAGCCGAGAUGGUGCCAAAGGCCAGCAGAAGAUGGAGGGCGGUGAUGACGGUUUGUCCAAAAAGAUGGAGGCGGUGGUCUGCAACGGCAAUGGCAUUAGUAACUUGAAGAAUGACUUGAGGUGGUCCCAGCUGGAGACAGAGGCCUUGAUGAAGAGAAACGAUUCAGCGCAUGUGGACCAACACACGAUGACAAUCCCGCGGAUAAUCCUCACUCAUCCCUCUACCUCUGAUGAAGACAUGGAGCUCUUGACACAAGGUCCUGGCAGAAACCCCCCACACCAUCACGUCGACAUUCCAGAGAAGCGAGUAUCUUCGGAAUGUUUCGACAACGCGUUUUAUCCACCUUGAACGCCUCCAGGCUUGAAAGCAUUUAUUGGACAGUGUUUGUUAUUGGUAACAAACUGCACAACAGCUUCUAUUAGUAUGAAGUGGCAUUAGACAUCUGUCAUAUUACAAUAGUAAUACUUUAUUUUGUUAAGUUGCACAGGCUGCAUAGUGAGAAGAGAUGUGCUCCAAAUGUUAAAAUGUUUCCCACCAUAAUUGUGUAUGAUAGCCUAUUAAUGAUGCUGGAACGGCUUGUACUGAAGACUACGGGGUGCCAAAUGGGACAACAUGAAAUUAUUAUGUGCAUAUUUAAAUCACCUCCUAAAUGUGUCGUUAAUUGAUUAAAUAAUUAAAUAAUGAAAUCAGGAAUUCAUGAAAUGGAUAAAUUAUAAAUUAAAUCCUCAAAUAAUUACAUGAAUAAGUAAUUAAAUGUCAUUUUUACAUUGAACAAAUGAAUGGCACAUUUAUGUAUUUAAUUCCAAUUAUAGGGACUUAAUUACAUAUUUAAGUCAUUUUUGUACGUUUUAUUUAAUUUUGUCCCAUUUGA